GAAAGAGGCUUAUUGAAGGUACUGAAAAGGAUACAAAAUGUAUUCUACUGCUCCUUGCUGCAAUACUUCACAGAGUGGCCAGUGCCCCGGAGUCUGUGUUUGCUGUAGAGGGAAACUCUAUCACCCUGACCAUGAAGGGAAAUUACAGUCUGGAUCUAGAUGAGAUCAGCUGGAUCUUAAAUGACACAUAUAAUGUUGUUAGAUAUUAUCCACAUUAUAAUACAUCUUAUAAUACAUUUGGCAAGCUAGUUGUCCCUGAGUGGUAUAAGGGCAGAGUGGAGCUUAAUUACACCACCUUCUCUCUGGAGCUGAGGAACCUGCAGAAGAAUGACAGUGGACUCUACAGAGGAAAGAUAAUUACUGAGGGGAGUAAUUUUGUUGUUGAAUACAGGCUCUCUAUUUUCGCGCAAGUAUCUGCCCCUAAUUUAACUGUGGAGCUGGAGCCUGUCCUGUGCAAUGAUGACGUCUGUAACAUGGUGGUGACCUGUACAGCUGGUGACCUCUCUCUGACCUCCACCUGUAACAGCAGCACCUGCACACAGAAGGAGCUGACUGGGUCCUCAAGCCUGGCCAUCUUUAUUAGAGAUGGUGUCAUCAUCUGCAACCAUAGCAACCCACUCAACUGGAGUCAUGCCACAGCAACACCGCGCCAACAUACACAACGCCCAAGAGCCCUCUCUAUGUGGAUCAGGAUUGCUAUAGGAGGCCUUUGCGUUACCAUAGUUACAGCUGGAGUGUGCUGCUGGAUCAAACGACUGGAGAAAAGGUAGAAAACAGAUCAUGAUCGCUGAAGAAAAUUAUAAUAGACUCUGAAAAUUAUGGAGUCAUUUUUGUUCAUGAUUUUUCAGAAGGUGCUCCCUUGGUGGCUGAUAGCGUCAUUAAAAUAUGCAAUAUAUAUAUAUAUAUAUAUAUAUAAAAAAACUUUCAGGGAAUUUUAUUUUAUUUACAAGUUCAGUCUGUUCAUUGGACGGCCAGAUGUAUGGGAACAAAAGACUUCAGCAUGUCCAAUGAGCAUGACAGUGAUUGGAGUCUGACACGGCACAUUCUGCUCAAUGAAGCAACAACAGCAGCUUUCCUCGCCAGCCUGUCCAGUCGUCCUGUGUCCCUCUUCCUAAUGCUGCCUCCUCAGCAGGCACUUUUAUCCACACAGAUUCUCAUGGAUGGGUUCAAGAUGCUAGCCUGGAGGGACCACACUCUCUGACUUCGCAGAGAGUUUGGCCUAGAUCCAUUGGCAAACAUGUAUUUCCUGGUUGGUGGACGCUUGUCUGAAGUUUGAAGUCAUUGGAGUUCAAUCACAAACGUUUGUAAUGACGUAUGUUAACCACAAGAGACACAACGAUAACGAUAGGCUUGCAACUUAAAUCUAAAUCCCU